UUAAAAAAUCGUAGAAAACUUCCAAAGUAGAAUAUUUCAAAACCGACACACAUAUUGUACAUGGUAUACUUGAUUGUUAACAACAAAACAUGGCGGCCAGAACUCUUGUUGUCGUGUUGGCAGUAAUAACAAUUUGCAGUUCUGCAAAAUACAAGCAAGGAGAAAAGGUUGUACUUUAUGUAAACAAAGUUGGUCCAUACUUCAAUCCACAUGAAACAUAUCACUACUACCAGUUACCAGUGUGCCGACCCAAAAAGAUAGAACACAAGAGUUUGACCCUGGGAGAGGUGCUGGAUGGAGACCGAAUGGCAGUGUCACUUUAUGAAAUCAAUUUUAAACAGAAUGCAGACAAAAAAGAGUUGUGUAAAGUGACCUUCAAAGAGAAUGACCUACAGCUUUUGAGAGAUGCCAUUGAAGAUCUAUACUACUUUGAAUUUGUUAUUGAUGAAAUUCCAGUGAGAGGUUUCAUUGGGCACUUGGAGGAGGGAGGAUUUCUGCCACACAACCACAAAGUAUUCCUCUGGGCACACCUUAGUUUUCAUAUUGAAUACAAUGGUGACCAGAUUAUCUUUGCCAAUGUGUCAACAAAGGAACAGGCCCCCGUCAGUCUUGAUGCUGUGUCAGCCCCAUUUGAAGUCUCCUUCACAUAUAGUGUAAAAUGGACUCAAACAAAUACACCUUUUGAAGAGCGUGGAAAGAGAGUUAGAGACACCAGUUUUUUCCCAAAAUAUUUGGAGAUCCACUGGUUGUCCAUCAUUAACUCCAUGGUGCUCGUGUUUCUUCUCAUUGGUUUUGUAGUCAUCAUUCUGACUCGAGUUUUAAAAAGUGACUUUGCCAGAUACAAUGUGGAUGAUGAGGAUGGAGAGGAUCUGGAUUCAGAUGAAAAUGGAUGGAAGAUUAUCCACACGGAUGUAUUUAGAUUUCCACCACAGAAAAAUCUGUUUUGUGCAAUAUUAGGUGUAGGGAGCCAGUUUUUAGCUUUGGCCACUGGAAUAAUGCUGAUGGCUGUUCUUGGCAUGUUCAAUGUCCACAGACAUGGGGCUAUCAACUCAGCUGGAAUUGUCCUAUAUGCCUUCACUUCCUGUAUAGCAGGAUAUGUAGCCACCAAUACCUACAAGAAACUAGGAGGAGAGAGCUGGGUGUGGAACAUUAAUCUAACAUCCUGUCUGUUUGCAAUGCCCUUCUUUCUUAUUUGGGCAGUGAUUAACUCUGUGGCAUGGGGAUAUGGAACAACUCAAGCUUUGCCAUGGACUACAGUGGUGUUACUUAUGUGCCUUUGGCUCUUUGUUGGAUACCCCUUGACUGUGAUAGGUGGAAUUUUAGGUAAAAAUUGGGCCCAUGGAUUUGAUGCCCCCUGUAGAACUAAAAAUAUUGCACGUGAAAUACCACAAGUUCCCUGGUAUAGAUCAGCUUUUGCUCACUGUGUAGUUGGAGGAUUCUUGCCAUUCAGUGCAAUUUCUGUGGAGAUGUAUUACAUAUUUGCCACUCUGUGGGGCAGGGAGCAGUAUGCCUUGUAUGGGAUUUUGUUUAUUGUAUACGCCAUUCUGAUUGGAGUCACUGCCUGUAUCUCUAUCGCACUGACCUACUUUCAACUGUCUGCUGAGGACUAUCGAUGGUGGUGGCGAUCCAUAUUCAGUGCAGGGUCCACUGGUAUUUUUGUGUUUCUGUAUGCUUUGUUUUACUACUUCAAGCGGUCUAAUAUGUCGGGUGCCUUACAGACUAUUGAAUUUUUUGGCUAUACCUUUCUGACAUGUUACGUUUUCUUCCUGAUGCUUGGUACAGUCUCUUUCUUUGCAUCACUGCAUUUUGUACGGUACAUUUAUGUGAAUUUGAAAAUGGACUGAAAGAGUUGAAACUGAAAUCGACUGUGUGACACAAACACUUACUUGAUGUUUAUCAGUCAAAUAUAUAUAUGUAUUUA